AUGCAGACAGGAAAGAGUUGGCAGAUUCUCCUGCUUGUAAUUGUGGUCAUCACAGACCACAAUUUAUUCGCUGACGGCCGAUGCCGACGACUCCCCAGGUACACAUUCUACGACUGCCAACCACCGUGGCAAAUGUUUGGAGACAACUGCUACUGGUAUGUGGCUGCGCCAAAGAGUUAUGACUCUGCCGAGCAACACUGCCAGACCAACUCCCAGCCGGGCAGACCUGCCCACCUGGCGUCCGUACUCAGUGACGAAGAGGCCCAGUUCAUCAAGGACUUGACUGGAGGCGGGAACGCCUGGAUUGGAUUCAACGACUUGGCCGUGGAAGGAGUCUACACCUGGUUGGAUGGAAGUCCCGUUGACUACACCAACUGGAGGGCCGGUUUUCCUGUCGGCGAUGCCCAUGGGGAUCAGGACUGCAUCCAUACGUUGGAAGACGCAGAAUGGAAGGAAUACUUCUGCUCGGAGGAUGUGAAUUCCAUCUGCAAGAUGCCCAGGUAUGCUUUGGCCUAACUGCCUUGACUGCCUUAAUAUUACUACG